GUAACAAUUAUCAAACACAUCUAGACUGGCUUUUAGCACAUCAUCUAUUUCAUAUCAUUCUGAUGAAGAACCACAUCCGUGUUCUUGACAACGCACCACUACUGCGUAUCUUUUGAACAUUCGUUAAGGACUCGUUUCAAAAGUGGAUCUUCAAGUUUUUUCGUAGAAACGUCAUCGCAACAAAAUGGAAUCGUGGAAGAAAAAUCAGAGGUCACUUUGGUUAACCAUUAUUUCAAUGGUGAUCGGAAUGAGCUAUGGUCAGACCGUAAACCUGACCGGUCCUGCAUCCGUUGUCGAAGGGCGAGACGCUAUCUUUACCUGCAACGUCACCGGGAUUCUGUUCCCGACUUUCGUCUGGAACGACGUCUCCGUCACUCCGAGCCAACAGAUCUUCGUCAACUUUGGGUCGUUCAGCGAGAAGCCCAAAUACGACAACUUCAAGCUCUCGCAGUCGGGCAACUCCACCAUCAUGACCAUCCGCGAAGCUGAUUUUGAAGACGCAGGAAGCUUCGUCUGCGUUGCCUCUGGAGUCAAUAGUGCGACUAUCAAAUUCACCAUAGAUGAAGAUUCACCAUGGUUUGGCCAUCCUCGAAGUUUUAUCGUCAUAGCGGCUCUCGCCAUUCUUCUGGUAGCUUCAAUAAUCAUUAACAUCUCACAAUAUAUCAAAUAAAAUGAUUAUUAAUUCUAAGGGUACAGGUCUAAUUGUCCGGAUGUUAAUUUGCUGGUGUGGUGUUCCGUCAUAAUUCUCUUGGAUAGUUUGACCCUCGCAAUUUUUCUUAUAGCUUCUGUAAUCAUUAACAUCUUACAAUACAUGACAUAACAUGAUUAUCAGUAACAAGGGUAUAGGUCUAAUUCUUCGGUUGUUGUUUGUCCUGGGGUGUUUUUUGUCUUAAUUUCUUUGGUAGUUUGACACUCGUAAUUUUUCUGGUAGCUUCUGUAAUCAUUUACAUAUCAACAUAUAUGAAAUGUCCAAAAUUAUAAAGUUGUUUAUAAGAGUUGGCAUACUCACUUAUCCGAUGGUAAUUGUCCUAAGUAUCAUCGUCCGGAUGUGUAUUCCUUUUUAAAGGAAAUUUGUCCAAAGUUAGGGGAGUGGGGUCCAAGGGGUAGUUGUCGUAGCAUCAAUUUUCCAAGAUGACAGAGAUAAGUAUGAGGUCUAAAUGACUGAUUAAUUUUGUGUAACAAGUGGACAUUUCCUUCUCAAUUGUUCUAUCAUACCACAACAAAAUAUUUAGAUCAGGUAUUCAGCCGUGCAUGGUUUGAUUCUCUUAUACAUGAAUAUUGAUAAUGGAAUGAAAUAGGAGAAUGUGGCUUACUUAAUUUAGCCGUCAAAUAAACAUUCUUCUGAACUUGUGAUAAUACUCGGCAGCAAAUGAAGUUAUCAAAAUAUGGCGUUGGGGGCUUGGGGCUAUUAUUAUAUUAGUGAUAUUUUUGUCGACUGGUAGAUGUAUUUUAGUUCGUGUUUGGGUACAUUUUUCAUGAGGAUUUGCUUUCGAAAUUUCCUUUUGGUUGGAGGUUUAUUGUCAUGAGGGAUACAUGUACUACCCUGGGAUAGUUGCAUCCAGGGCCGAAUGUAGGCACCCGGGUUUGUAUAAAAUCAAAACUUCAAAUAAAUGAUUUGCUGUACUAGGCCCUACGCAGUUGUACGAUAGCUUUGGACAGACUGCAAUAUGGAUGCAAAUCAAUAAAAGGGUAUUGGUGUAUGAACUGAAUUGUCAUAAUCGAGAAAUUUGAUAUGAUUUUUUUAUUUAUAACAAUAAUGUGCUUUUUAUCCACUUAGACUACAUCAGCUGUUCAGCAUGGGACUGUAAUACUAUUUAGUGAAAUAUGUUUCUCAGUUGUAUGUAGAAAUUGUUUUCAGUUGUCACAGAUAAAAUGGAUCUCUGGUUUUAAGUGACGACCAUGGUUAGAAUUGUGUAGAAAAACAUAAUCAAGUUUAUAUAGGCCUAAUAUGAUUUUGUAUGUUUAAUGCCUAUUGAUGCCGUAAGUGUUAUUCCUAAUUAUUUAAGGCAAGUUCGAGUCGACAUAGCUUUUUCAUCAAGGAACAUAUCAAUAAAUCAAUGGUUACUGAUAUUUCGUUGUCAUCUCCAUAACUGUUCAACAGUUAUAGUAGAAAAAUUGUAUAGAAGAUUUUCUUUUUCUUUGCUGCUAAAUUUAAGAGUAAUUUAUGUCGAUUAUGUUUAAUGAAAUUAAAGUGUCCACUUAUCUCUUUUCCUUAUGAUGCUUGGAUAUAAAACCAAAUAAUUUACCAGUUUGAUUCCGUAUAAUUAAAAUGUGUACCAACGA